CGUCACUUGAAUAUGUUAGCAUCAUCAUUGUUUGGUUAUUGGAGAGCCAGCCUGAGUGAGCGGAGCGCGCGAACGCUACAAAUACAGGAACGCGCGCACACCUGCGAGCCUGAACACACAGAGAAGAACCUGAACAGCAUCCUGUUAACACCAGCUCAUACUAGUAUUUGGAUAAGGUGUGCGAGGAUGUCCUGCGGCUGGCUGCUCGCGCUGCUCGUCCACGUGCUGCUGCUGCUCGCGUGCCCGAGACUCUCGCGGAGCGCCCUCGACUACUCCUUCACUGACAACAGCGACGCCCAGCCGGAGCGCUACGACAAACGAUAUGAUGAUAUUGAUUACGACAGUUUCGUCGGCCUGAUGGGCAGGAGGAGCACAGGAAUAAAUCGUGAGGCACAUUUGCCAUUUAGACCGAAUAUGAAUGACAUCUUUGUCGGACUGUUAGGACGGAGAAACACUUUGUCGUCUAUGAGAAAAGAAAGGAGAGGGAACAUUUUCUUCAAGGAUGGAAGACUGAGGUUUUGCUGUGGUGUAUGAAGCUUUCUCUACGAACUAAUCCAACAUCACACACACACACACACACACAUGCGCGCGCACACUCACACACACUCCACAUUUCAUCCAUUUUAGUAUUCUUUUGGCUAACCUUUGGUACAGAUUUAACCAAACUUGUGUCAAAUAAAUCUUUUUAAAUAGUUUCUUAAGUAAUAACAGUCCUGUUGUAUUCAGAUGAAUGAAGAUUAAAGCAUGUUGGCCAUAAUUUGUGCAAUAUUGUGCUUGUAACUUUUCAAUUUAAAAACAUUCAUAUUUAAAAUGCUGUAAAAUAUUUGAUUUUAUUCAUCGAUAAUACGACAGUUUACUGUAAAAUAAGUCUUUAUUUUAAGAUGCUGGUUAUCAUUCCUCAGUAACACACUUUUCCUCACACACUCUUUUAUAAAUAAAAGAUUGCUGUGGAUUUACUGUA